AUGAUUCGCUGGCCAUUCUCAGCGAGGUCGGAUAGGGCCUUCAAGCUCCCUCCUCGGCAUGUGAGGGCGUGGUACUGCUACGCCUUCGCCGCGGAGGUCUUUGCGGCUUGUGCUAUGGCUAUCUUCCUGCCAAUCACCCUUGAGCAUAUGGCGAGGGAUGUUGGCUUCGUCUCGCCCGAGCUACUUCGGCCAUGCUCCGAAGUGAUAGCUGGGAGCUCAGAGGAUGAGCUGUUGGUCUGUAAGGCGAGGAUCAUGGGUGUUUGGAUAGAUACAGCUUCGUUCAGCAUGUACGUCAAGUCGGUAGCGGUCGCUCUACAGGCACUAUGUAUCAUCUCGGUCGGCCCGCUAGCCGACAGUCCCUACUGGCGCAAGCAACUACUGGUCACCUUUGCGCUCCUGGGUGCCAUCUCCGGGAUCCUCUUCCUCGCUCUGCCGUCGUCCUCGUCUUCGUCCGGUCUCGUCCCGCUUUUCGCUGCGCUCUUGACGAUCGUCGGGAACAUCGCGUAUGCCGUCGCGAAUGUGUGCAGUAAUGCCUUCUUGCCGACUUUGGCGAAAGAGGACGAGGCCGUCCGAGCUGCGCGGAAGAGCAUGUCUGUCGCGCACGAUGGGCACGAGCGGGACGAUGCUGGCGUGGACGACGGACCCAUUGUGGCCGCCCGGAGCAGUCUCGAGCGGGUCAUAUCGUCCAUCUCUACAGCGGAGCUCGCCCACCCGCCUUCACCUCCGCCCUCACCUCAUUCGCACUACGAUGCCCUCCUCUCAUCCACGACAUCCCGUCUGUCGUCCAUCGGUACAGCCAUCGGCUUCUUCUCAGGCGUAUCCGUACUAGCACUACUCCUGAUACCGGUCAUGACCUUCCAGGGCUCGACGGCGGGUCUGAAGGUGGCCAUCGCGCUCAGCGGAUUGUGGUGGGGAAUCUUCCUCAUCCCUGCUUCGCUGGGACUGCCAGGCGGAGAGAAAGAGAGGGAGGUCGGAGGGACUCGGAUUGGAUGGAUAGGCCAAGGCUGGAAGCGGGUUGGGAGAAUGGUCAGGCUGAAAGAGAUACGGGCGAUCCCGAAUCUCUACAUGUUCCUCCUGGCAUGGAUCUUCCUCUCUGACGGUAUGACCAGUCCUCGGAUACAGAUCAUCCCGCUGACAAUAUCAGGGUUCCACACUACCACUUAUGUCGCCAUCCUUUACGCUUCAUCUACUCUACACCUCUCCUCCGCCAAAGUCAUCCUCAUUGGGAUUCUCGUUCAGCUCACGGCGGUCAUCUCGUCCGUCGUGGCGCCGAGAAUACAGAACCGGCUGAGAUAUGGCAAUCUGCAGCUCUUGCUGGGAAUCGUACUCCUCGCAGAGGCUUUGCCGCUGUAUGCGUGCUUAGGGCUCAUACUGCCCUGGGGAGGGCUGAGAUCCGAAGGGGAGAUGUACGUCGCGGCGGUAUGGUUUGGCAUGCUUUACGGACCCUUCAAUAGCUACUCCAGAGCGGUAUUUGCCGAGCUUAUUCCACCUGGCCAUGAAUCCUCCUUCUUCUCCCUCUUCGCCCUCACCGACAAGUCAGCCUCAUUCCUAGGCCCCCUCAUCGUCGGCAUCAUAGCCGAUCUCACCGGCAACAUCCGCCUCGGAUUCCUCUUCCUCCUGAUCAUGCUCGCGGUACCGAUACCAGUCCUCAUCCGGGUCGAUAUGACGAGAGGGCGGGAAGAGGCGCGGACCUGGGCGGAGAGAAAGCAAGGCGAGGAGACUGAGGGUCUUCUCCAGGCAGAAGAGGGUUGA